GACGCCAGCAGUCGUGCCGCCAAGAUCCGCAGUGGGGGGAGCUCCGAUGUGAUCAUGUCCGAGAAGAAGGAGGGCUCCGAGCGCGAGGUACGUCAGAGGACGGGCAACACCACCCCGACUGCGGACGAGGAGAUCUUCACGUCAUUCUUGAGAGAUUUCUUGGGAUUCAAAGCGCUGGCCAGGCCAUCUAUCGCAGCGAAGAAUAUCGUCAAUUUACUCAAGUCCAACUCGGCGGCCACAGAGUUCGGUUCUAUGAUCCAAGUAUACAUGGACCAGAAGGUUCCAGUGACACAGGAGAUGCGCGAGACGCGCAACUUCCCGAAGCAUCCGCUCGACAUGUCGAAGGAUACGUACAACAAGCUGAAGGAGGACUUCACGUGGAAGUGGACCCUCACCUUCAGCGACUUCGCGCCAGAGGUUUUCCGUUUGGCCUUAUCGAACCUGCUGUUCUGGAAGGAUCCUGCAAAGGCGGUGGUGAUCGAGCGGGCCCGCUCGUUCCAGACGCCAGACGGGCAGCGCUCGUGGGCUGCGCUGAAGGAGAAGCCGAAGCCGAAGGGUGGAGGCAAGAAGAGGAAGUGA